AAGCGUCAGAGAGUGAAUAAAUUUUUAAGUGGCUAUCAUAAUUAUGUCUGACAAAUAAAACAAAAUUCUGUAUAUUUCAUUGUAUAACAAGUUUUUAUAAACCAACCCCAAAUUUCUUCAAUGUGCAGCCGAAUUCCAACGCUUUGUAAAGUAGUUUAUGAAUUUCAUUUGCAUGGUGCAUGUUCCCAAAAUGCAGUACUUGUUUUUAAAAUAUUUAUUGGAUAAAAAAAUUUGUUUUACAAAAAUUUAAAAACAUUUUACAAAAGUAAGAUUAUUAUAGCCUUUUGACACAGGCAUCUGACCAUAUAUAUUUUGUCAUAAUACAAAUAUAUACCCUCUACCUAACAAUACAUAACCUAAUAGUACUCUGUGAAGAUCAUUGUCAACAUAAUAUGUUACACGUACAAAUGCUCAAAACAAUAACGGUUUCUCAGGUGCCGCUGCGUCAGGAUAGACACAUAGAGAUUCAUCAAACAUAAUAAUUUUUUGUGCGUCGCAAAUUGCCAGCGUUUAACUUGUAAGGAUAUGUAGAUCCCAGUCGUCCAUCGGAUUUUUUUUUACCUAACUCUCUCUUAUAUGCCGUGUCUUUAAUGCUAGCAUAAGCCCACUAGGAAUAAUUACGAUUGUAAUUUUACCAUCAUUAGACGUGUAAUACUGUAAAAUAUAAUUUACAUGUAGUAUGUACAUGUACUCAAAACUAAAAAAUAAAUAUAUUUUUAGACGCGAUUCCUUUCCAAUAAUUUUUGCUGAUUCUGUUAAGAAAUAAACAGCAAUUUCAAAUGUUUGCCGGGAUAUGAAGUUGGUUGAUCACGUGAUUAAAUCCUGUGAAGCCCAAAGGGCUUCUCAGUAGAUUUGAUUACGUACCAACCAACUUCAUAUCCCUGUGAACUUUCAACAUUAACUAUAAGCGCGCGCUAUAAUCAUUGUGACGUCAUGAAAAAGUUCAAACAGAAUUUAACGUUGUCACUCAUAUAAGGAAGCACAUUUGCAAAUGUAAAUAUUAUGUAAUUUUCUCCCUUAACAAUUAGUACACCUGGCGUUCAACUGAAAAUGAAUAUAGAACGUUAUUAUAUCAAAUAACAUGACCAUAUAAUGUACAAUGUAGUAUCGAUUAUUAGAAAGAUAUACAUUAACAAUGUACUCGUGUUUUUUUUCAACCCCAUUUUUUUGAUUAUAGAUUUAUUAUAAAUGAAAUAUAAUAAUUCAUUGUACAGCAUGGUGAAAAAAAAUAUUAAUUUCUGUCCGAUUUUUAUUUCUUAAAAAAUGGUUAUUCGUAUAGAUUACUGAAAAAUAUUUUUUAUCAUGAUGUUUCUUAAUAGCAAUUGAAUUUGAUAUUCUGAAUAAGAAUAACUGGGAAAUUAAUUAUAUUUUGAAAGGAAUAGUUAUUUGUAUACGUACCUUAUUCAUUGAUUUCAGUGAAAAAACAUUAUUAUAUCUACCACAAUCACAUUUGCUGACUUUUAAAAAUAUUUUCAUUUAAAUCGAAGACUAAGGGCGCUUUCCAUUAACGUUGACUCGCCGGCGACGUUAUCGGGAAACGGUGACGUAAAUGGAACGGUUGGCAACGUCACAAUGCUCAACGAGGACGAUUGCAGCUUAAAACUGAUACUUAACUUAAAUUUUGAUCCAGAAAGUUUGGCUAUUUGCAGUUUUAAUGUAAUUCAAUGUAGUAGGACAAAUGUUAGUUUUAGAAAUACUGGUUUUGUAGAACAAGAUAACCUCGACGCCAUAUUGUUUCCUAAUCGGCAACGGUAUAUUGCGUUGCCACAAUCGCUCGCCGGGUACGCGCGUUCCAGCAAUCGGCAACAAAGGCAACACCGGCAUAUCCGGCGAUGCCGGUUAAAUGGAAAGCACCCAUAGUAUAAGAUUUUAACAAGGAUAUAUGACGUACAUCAACAAACUUUAAAGCAAGAAUAAAUGUUUUGUUAAGAUAUACUACAGACGGAGAAAAGAAAACAUUCCUUGAAUAAACGUAAUAUGUCUAUACACGUGUGUGCAGUGUAUACAGACUGAAUCACUGCUAAAUUUGUUCUUUAAAUCUAAUAAGGACCCCACUGACGUGAAACAAAUUCCUAAAAUCAAAUUAGUUGUGUCGCAAUAGACAAACACAGAACUAAAGAUAUCCUGCUCGACUGAUACUGACUGAGAGAUGACAAGAAACCGAAAAGCCGUAUUUGAAUAUCGGAGAAAUCACCCUAAGGUUUUUAAAGAAAUUUGCGAAACAUGCAUCCCACAACGUCAUUUCAAGCUUCUUUCGCAUAAAGAACAGCAUGAUAAAGAUAAACACUCUUCUCCUUCUCUAAGAACUAUUAAAGCUGGUGAACUGAACUCUUUCAUCUGCGACGAAAUUGAACCUGACACGACCUAUAACCAGAGAUGUAAAGCCGUGGUUCAUCGUCUCUGCUGUUUCAUGCAAAACGAACUGAAACCAUCAGAAGUUAUAAAGAGUGGGUCACUUGGCAAAGGAACAGCAGUAAAAGGGAAGUCGGACGCUGAUCUUGUUGUUUUCCUGAACAAUAUUGAUACUAUAUCGGAACUUCAAGAGAAUAUGACAAGUAUAAUAGAUGACAUGAAAUCGCGUCUUAAUAAAUGCGAUGAUUGUCAUGUAGAAGGAUCGACACAAUUCGCUGUCCAGAUCAGCAUUAAUUGUGAUGGUCAUUCUCACAGCGUCGAUAUCCUACCCAGUAUUAAUAUUAUAGGAAAAGAAACAAGUGAAGCGAUAGAUGGAGCGAUAUAUGAAAAGAUAUAUAAAGAAAUGAGAAAUGCUUCACAAUAUGAUAGAAAAUAUUACUCUGCUGCCCUCGCUCCACUCCAAGUAAAAUUUGUUUCGCGCGUUCCACCAAAAGUCAAGACCCUGAUUCGCUUGAUCAAAUACUGGAGAAAAACAGAAUUCCAAGAGAGGACUGAUAAACAUAAAUUACCUUCGUCCUACCCAUUGGAACUUAUCGUCAUAAAAGAGUGGGAAAAUGCUGGGAAACAUGAAAACUUUGAUCUCUGCAAAGAAUUUUAUCAUUUGUUGAAAACAUUAGCUGACUACAAGAGUCUGAAACACAUAUGGACUGAAAAUUACAGUUUUAACAAUUUUGUCAGCAAACCUUACUAUGUGGUUGACCCAGCCAAUCCAUAUAACAAUGUAAUGGAUGCCUGCGAUCUCUGGGACCAUGUAGCCAAGAAAGCAAGGAAAUUCUUGAAGGUGCCUUUGUUCCUAGGGCUGCAAAGCUUUAGUGCCUAAUUUUAAAGUGCAUUCCAUGUUAACAUUCGGAGAAGAAAUAUCGUAUCCAGUACAGAAGCGCUAGCGCCAGCGUUUUAUUCAUUCCUUACUACCUAAAGGUUCCUAUAGACAGCACUUGUAAUUUUGGCGCAGUGUGAGACUGGCCAGUUUCCAUAUUCAUUAGGAUGUUUGUUCUAUUGGGAUGGGUCAAAUAUUCUUUUUUUUCGAAAGCUUGUCUAGCGGUAACAUAUCACAGGACCACAGAUUUGUGUUAAAUGCAAGGUUAGCUUUAAAGGCUGAGUUGAACACGUAAUUAUUUUUAUUUACUUUGAUGUAUGUUUAAAUGGUUAUUGCAUUGUUCGUGUGGGUUAUAAGAAGAAACAAGAAACAAUCCAAUAUACAUGGAUACAGCAAUUCUAUGCAUAUCUUUUACAUUCUUAUGCUAUGGUAUGGUAUGAAAUUUUAAUGAAUUGCUAUGGUAUUUCAGCACAAUGCUAUGAUAUUUGUAUGCUAUGCUAUGAGAAAUUGUAAUGAAGGGCUUCAUGAUAUGGUAUGCAAUGUUAUGCUAUUGGAUUUGAACUAAAACACCUCCAUACACAAUAGAGUUCCAAACAUUUUGAAGUAAAAUUAAAAGAAGCCUAAAAUAGUGUUUAUGCUAUGCUAUGGUAUGCUAUGGGAUGAGAUUCCAAUGCUAUGCUAUUAGAUUAUAUGCUUAGGGAUGAGAUUCCAAUGCUAUGAUAUUCAAAUGCUAUACUCUGAUAUUCCAGUGAUAAGCUUUGCUAUGGAUUAUGUUGUAAGCUAUAUGCUUGAACUGAAAGUAAAUGAAGGGGAGUGCAAACAGGACUUUAUUUUAUCACUUUAUUCAUUUUCAAAAGUAAGUUUAAAGGUAUGAUAACCAUUAUGUCAUAAUACAAGUAAGAGUGUUUAACAUGGUUUUUGCAUUUUCGAUUGAUUCAAAAUAAAUCCAUAUUCUGUUCUAAUAUUUUGUUGCACUAUUUUUAAAAGCUGAAAUAUUUACACUUGCAAAUAGUUCCCAUGUAUAAUACUAUUUGAGCAAUUUGUUGUUAUUCUUGCACAACAUCAGAUUGGGCCAUAAUGUCAUGAAUAAUUUUUGUCACUAGAUUUGUUCACUAGGUUUUCUAUUUACACAAAUUAGCUGAGUUUUAUGUUUAAAAAAUAUAUUAGGCAUAAAGAUAAGCUUUAUUAAAACGGGUCUUUUUUUUUGCAGUACGAAUCUUAUUCAUUCAUUCUUUUAACAAUAUAUCAUCAAUUAUGAGGAUAAAUUAUCACGUUUUAUGAUUCACAC